AUGCAGUCAAUCUCUCGAAAGUCCGAGUUGCCUUUUGUCAACGCCAUGACGCCACGGCCACAACCUUCCGGCCAUCGCACGCGGCUUCGCUCCGUUCCCGCUGACGAGAUGCAUGAUCUUCUCUGCGUGGGAUUCGGUCCGGCAUCGUUGGCCAUCGCCAUUGCGCUCCAUGAUGCCAUGGACCCGGCCCUGUCGCGCACCGCCUCGAGCUCCUCCUUCUCUCCCAAGGUGUGCUUCCUCGAACGUCAGCCACAAUUCGCCUGGCAUGCGGGCAUGUUGGUGCCUGGCUCGCGCAUGCAGAUCUCCUUCAUUAAGGAUCUGGCGACACUGCGAGACCCGCGUAGUAGCUUCACGUUCCUGAACUACCUCCACAACAAGAACCGACUGGUGCAUUUCACCAACCUGGGGACCUUCCUGCCCGCGCGGAUGGAGUUUGAGGAUUACAUGCGGUGGUGUGCACAGCGGUUCGAGGAGGUGGUGAGCUAUGGCGAAGAGGUCAUCGAGGUGGUGCCGGGAAGCAAGACCAACGGCGUGGUGGAUUACUUUGUCGUGCGGUCUCGGAAUAUCGAGACGGGUCAGAUCUCGGCAAGGAGAGCUCGCAAGGUGGUGGUGGCGCUGGGUGGAAAAGCUAAAAUGCCUCCUGGGUUUCCGCAAGAUACCCGAAUCAUGCACUCCUCCAAGUAUUGCACCGGUUUACCCAACGUCUUGAAGAACGAGUCGGCGCCAUAUAACAUCGCGGUGGUGGGUUCCGGACAGAGUGCGGCGGAGAUCUUCCAUGACCUGCAACGGCGGUAUCCCAACUGUCGCACGACGUUGAUUCUCCGCGAUACGGCUCUUCGGCCAAGCGAUGACUCUCCUUUCGUCAACGAAAUCUUCAACCCCGAACGUGUCGAACAAUUCUACCAACUACCGCAAGAAGAACGUCACGCCCGCAUCGCCAAAGACAAGGCCACCAACUACUCGGUCGUCCGCCUCGAACUCAUUGAAGAAAUCUACAACACCAUGUACCUCCAACGCAUCCGCAACCCCGACGAAUCCACCUGGCAGCACCGCAUCUUGCCCGAACGCAAGGUCGCUCGUAUCGAGCACCACCAUCCCGAUCGUCCCAUGCGCAUCCACGUCCGCUCCAUCAACGACGAAAACACGAGCCGUAAUGAGAUUCUGGACGUCGACGCUCUCAUGGUCGCCACCGGCUACCAGCGUGACGCGCACGAGCAACUUCUGGAGCAAGUGCGCGCGCUCCGGCCCGAAGGUCAAUCCGCUUGGGCUGCCGGGCGAGAUUAUCGCGUGGCACUGGAUGAGAAUAAGGUCAGCGCCGACGCAGGUAUCUGGUUGCAGGGAUGCAAUGAAAAGACUCAUGGAUUGAGUGAUAGUCUUUUGUCGAUUCUGGCAGUGCGCGGAGGCGAGAUUGUCAACUCGGUCUUUGGGGAGGAAUUGGAAUUACUGGAUGGUCAGACGGUGCAGGUGCAGGACACCCGAGUCCGGGCUAUGCUGUAA